UUUAGAUUUAUGAGGUGGGUGCAAUAAUAGAACCACAAUUUCCGAGGAGGCCGUGAAUGCUGCAGGAGGUUUCACUCGCUUUGUUGUUUUCGUGAUGGCUAGCUUAUGUUUGCACCGUUCAGCUAAGCUGAACUGAUUUGUAACACUCAUUCUUUCCUAUUUGUGUUAUAAUAUAUUAUCGUGACAUUUUUCUAACUCUAAGUCCAAGCUUCCAAACGAAUAUGACGUCUAAGAUAAAAGUUGGGAAAGUGGGCUCCAAGAAUAAGGAAGAUGCUCCCUACGAGUUGGAGAACCAGUUUGUCCUGCGGCUUCCUCAGGAGUACGCCUCAACAGUGAGAAGGAUUGCCCAGUCCGGCAGUAUGAACAUGAAGGACAGACUUACCAUUGAGUUGCACCCUGAUGGUCGUCAUGGGAUUGUGAGAGUAGAUCGCGUCCCUUUGGCCUGCAAGCUAGUGGAUCUACCAUGUAUGAUUGAGUCUCUGAAAACCGUGGACAAGAAGACAUUUUACAAAACGGCUGAUGUCUGCCAGAUGCUGGUAUGUACACUAGAUGGAGACCUCUACCCUCCUUUAGAAGAGCCAACUGGCACUGACCCUAAGAGCAAGAAGAAAGACAAAGACAAGGACAAGAAGUUUGUUUGGAACCAUGGCAUCACCUGCCCUCUGAAGAACACUCGCAAAAGAAGAUUUCGGAAGACUGCGAAAAAGAAGUACAUCGAGUCCCCUGAUGUGGAAAAGGAGGUGAAGAGAUUGCUGAGUACAGACGCUGAUGCUGUCAGUGUUCGGUGGGAAGUGAUAGCAGAAGAUGAAUCCAAGGAGGCAGACCAGCAUGGCUCUCUGUCCCACCUUGACUCGUCACCAGGCACCUCGGGGCACAAGAUGGGUCACGGUUCUUCCCAGCGUGACGAACUGAGAGAGAUCUUCAACGACAUCAGCAGCUCCAGUGAGGACGAGGAGGACGAAGGGGACCGGCACGAGGACGAGGACCUGAAUAUCAUGGACACAGAAGAUGAUCUAGUCCGACAGCUGCAAGACAAACUCAACGAGUCUGAUUCUGCACAGAAUGAAAGCGACAGAAACAACCAGAUAGUUAUGGAGUAUCAGGUUCAGAUCAACAGCGUCAAGAGCAAGCUGCAGGACACCCGUGCUCGGAAGAAACAGCAGGAGGAGCUCAUCAUGAAAGUGGAAAACCAGGCUCUCAAAAACCGUUUCCAAGCCCUGUUGAAUGAAAUCAUACAGCAGGAGGAGCGGGAGAUGGAGCAGCUGGCCUCACUGCAGGAGCAGCUGGACUCACUCAUCGAGAAGUGACCACCAGGGGGCAGCCUCACGUCAUCCUGAACCAGCCUCACUGCUCUGGAGGAAGAGGAAGAGAGAAGCUUUCAUCCGGGGAGGACGAAGUCUUCAUUAGCCGAAUUACUAAGUCAUUUUUUUUCAGUUGGUCGUUUCAUAUCAGAGGAUCCAACAUGCUGAUGUCUCUUCCAAGUCUCUGGUUGGCAGAGUUUAUUACUGUAUAAUUCAAGUGUUUGGUCGUCUUUGCUGUCACAUUUCUUUAACUAUGAACAAUAAACCACAGUGAUACAAGUA